GCGCCGGGCCCCUCCGACCUCGCAGGAAGGCCUGGACGACGGCCCCGACUUCCUCUCGGAGGAGGACCGCGGACUUAAAGCAAUAAAUGUAGAUCUUCAAAGUGAUGCUGCUCUGCAAGUGGACAUUUCUGAUGCUCUUAGUGAAAGAGAUAAAGUCAAAUUCACUGUUCACACAAAGAGUUCAUUGCCAAAUUUUAAACAAAAUGAGUUUUCCGUCGUUCGACAACAUGAGGAAUUUAUCUGGCUUCAUGAUUCCUUUGUUGAAAAUGAAGACUAUGCAGGUUACAUUAUCCCACCAGCACCACCAAGACCUGAUUUUGAUGCCUCAAGGGAAAAACUACAGAAGCUUGGCGAAGGAGAAGGGUCCAUGACAAAGGAGGAAUUCACAAAGAUGAAACAGGAACUGGAAGCGGGUUGGAUAACAGAGAACCUUGGGUUUAUUCUACUGCUACCUCCAUCCUCUGCAUCCUUCUUUUUUGUCUUCACUGAAUGACUACCCUCACAGAGAUCAAACUUCUCCCAACACUGGUCCUGCUGGUUUGCUGUGAAUACUUGGCAAUAUUCAAGAAGACUGUUGCAAUGCAUGAAGUAUUCCUGUGUCGUGUGGCAGCACAUCCUAUUUUGAGAAAAGAUUUAAAUUUCCAUGUCUUCUUGGAAUAUAAUCAAGAUUUGAGUGUGCGAGGAAAAAAUAAAAAAGAGAAACUUGAAGAUUUCUUUAAAAACAUGGUUAAAUCAGCAGAUGGAGUAAUUGUUUCAGGAGUAAAGGAUGUAGAUGAUUUCUUUGAGCAUGAACGAACAUUCCUUUUAGAAUAUCAUAACCGAGUUAAAGAUGCAUCUGCUAAAUCUGAUAGGAUGACAAGAUCCCACAAAAGUGCUGCAGACGAUUACAAUAGAAUUGGUUCUUCAUUAUAUGCUUUAGGAACUCAGGAUUCUACAGAUAUAUGCAAAUUUUUUCUCAAAGUUUCAGAACUGUUUGAUAAAACGAGAAAAAUAGAAGCACGAGUGUCUGCUGACGAGGACCUCAAACUUUCUGACCUUUUAACAUAUUACUUAAGAGAAUCUCAAGCUGCUAAGGAUCUCCUCUAUCGAAGAUCUAGGUCACUAGUGGAUUAUGAAAAUGCUAAUAAAGCACUGGAUAAAGCAAGAGCCAAAAAUAAAGAUGUUUUACAGGCAGAAACGUCCCAACAAUUAUGUUGUCAGAAAUUUGAAAAAAUAUCAGAGUCUGCAAAACAAGAACUUAUAGAUUUUAAGACAAGAAGAGUUGCAGCAUUCAGAAAAAACUUAGUGGAACUGGCAGAGUUGGAACUAAAGCAUGCAAAGGGUAACCUCCAGUUGCUGCAGAACUGCCUGGCAGUGUUAAAUGGAGACACAUAAGCCACACCCCACCGUCGGGGUCAAAAAGGGCUGCCUUCCUUCAGAUUUUACGUUUGUUUUCUUCAUGAUGUUCGGCAUUCACUGCUCACUGGAAACAAAAGAAACAGCUGACAACGUGCACCUACUCACCUCUUUUCUGAGAAACCAUGGAGCGGUGAGGCCCACGGGCACUGCCAGCUCAGCCCGUGGUGGGCGCUGCUCUCCCGCCUCCCGCACCUGCAGCUCCCCGGGGCGGGGGCUGCUCCUCCUGCGCUCCUCCUCUUCAAAAGCCCAAAGUUCAGUCCUUUUCUACAGUAGCUUCUAUAGCUCUGUUUAUUUUAUGAAUAGUAUUCCUUAUGGCUGCCAACCUUACUUACCUUUAAGUCACUUCUGAAGUUUAACCCUUUCAAAAUAUAUUCUUCAAACAAGAUAAAGAUUGCCACUACCUUUUUUUGAAUUUUGUUUUUAAGGAAACAUGGAAUACCACCUUAGUUCAUUCAUGUAUCCUGGUAAAGCAUCUUAAUCAGACUUAUUUUUAAUUAAUGAAUAUUUCUUAGAAGUUUUGGGACAGACUUUAUGUAAUCUUUCUAAGUAUGAUUUCUGAAGAAAAGCAAAUGCAUUCGUAUGUUUGCCUUAAACUUGUAGACUAAACCAACUAUUGUCAAAUAAACGGUGAUAACAGUGA